AUCGCUGCUCUGGGGGGUUGGCAGCCCUGGAAGCAAAGAGAUAAGGGACAGAACGAGUCUCCGCAAAUUGCCAGGGCUUCAUCAAUUGGGCUUUCUAAUCUGGAGCUUGUGAAAGCAAGUUGAAGAGGGUGGAAAACAAGGCAGAGAGAGAGAGAAACGUGGAGAGAAAAGGAAGAGAGGAAGGAAGACAGGAAAGUGGGGAAGGGGGUGGCGGUGCUGUAGCCUAAGGGAAAAGUAGCUAGCAGCCGCAUUAACAACACUCACUGCCUGUUGGAGAGGCCGGGACUCCGGACCCGAUGAGUAGGGAACGUAGGUCCGGAAGAGCCGAGCGCAGUGCGCUCCACAACCCCUCUGCUGUUGCCUGAAUAUUCAUUAGCCGUGUCUCCUCUUUAUCCUUAUCUAACGUUUAUCUUAUCGGCGAGUUCCAUUUCUCUCUGUAGUUUUAAUCUUCUGCUCCCCCAGUUCUCACCACUACCCCCCCACGCCCCGCACCCCUCCCUCCCUUCUUCCCUCCCUCCUUCCUCCCUCCCGCUCUCUCUGCCCUCCCCUCCCCUCCCCUCGCCUCCCCUCACCGCCGCCGCCGCCGCUGCCGGAGUGACAGGCGCGGGGCCCUCCUCGCCCAGGCUCGGGGCUCCGGCGCUGGCGAAUCACAGAGUGGUGGAAUCUAUUGCCUUUGUCUGACAAGUCAUCCAUCUCCCGGCGUGGGGAGGGGGAGGGGGAUCUGGAGGGGGCUUUGCAGCUUUUAGAGAGACACACACCGGGAGCCGAGGCUCCAGACUUGGGCCAAGCCUCUUCGCAGCCGCAUCCCACCUGGGGACAGGGCUGCGGACAUCGGCUCUGGCUCCAGCUCCAGCUCCAGCUUUGCUUCUAGCAGCUACGAGCGUGCGCCUGCUUUUUUUUUUCUGGGGGCGGGGGCCCGGCUCUCCCUCCCUCCCUUCCCUCAGGCGCUCGGACAUCCCGGGGAUUGCUACUUCUCUGCCAACUUCGCCAACUCCCGGGACUUGAAGCGGCCUUACUCCCCGGCCCGCGCACUCGGGCCACCUGGCCUCCCCCACCCCGAGCCCUCUACGACAGCCGCCUCUCCAAUGACUGGGUUUCGAGGGAUCUGAGCACAGCCUGCCCUCCCUCCCCAACUGCCUCAAUCGCCGCCUCCAGGCUGGCCAUGAGACCCCUGUGCCCCCCGGCCGGCGUCAUUGCCCUGGGGGCACUCUGCUGACCGGUCAAUCUCCUGCCCCGACGGCCCGCGCAGAGGCGGAAAGUUGUGGCGAGUGCUGCGGCGGUGACUGCUGCAGGUCGGGGCAGAAGCGUCCUCCCUGACGAUUGUAGCAGCCCCUAGUCCCCCUCCCUCAUCCCAGCCCCCGCCCCCAGCUGUCCCCCCCACCCCUCGCUUGGCUGACCCGCGGCAGAUCGGCCAGUUCUCGCCCCUCCACCGUCCCUCCCUUUUUUCCUCAAGUCCUGAAGUUGAGUUUGCGAGGCGACACGGCGGCGGCGGCCGCGCUGCUCCCGCUCCUCUGCCUCCCCAUGGAUAUGCACUGCAAAGCAGACCCCUUCUCCGCGAUGCACCGGCACGGGGGUGUCAACCAGCUCGGGGGGGUGUUUGUGAACGGACGGCCCCUGCCAGAUGUGGUGCGGCAGCGUAUUGUGGAGCUUGCCCACCAGGGAGUCCGGCCUUGUGACAUCUCUCGGCAGCUGCGGGUCAGCCACGGCUGUGUCAGCAAGAUCCUGGGCAGGUACUACGAAACGGGCAGCAUCAAGCCCGGGGUGAUCGGCGGCUCCAAGCCCAAGGUGGCUACACCCAAAGUAGUGGACAAGAUCGCUGAAUACAAGCGGCAGAAUCCGACCAUGUUCGCCUGGGAGAUACGCGACCGACUGCUGGCCGAGGGCAUCUGCGACAACGACACAGUGCCCAGCGUCUCUUCUAUCAACAGGAUCAUCCGGACCAAAGUUCAGCAGCCUUUCCACCCAACCCCAGAUGGGACGGGGACAGGAGUGACAGCUCCUGGCCAUACCAUAGUUCCCAGCACGGCCUCCCCUCCUGUUUCCAGCGCCUCCAAUGAUCCUGUGGGCUCGUACUCCAUCAAUGGGAUCCUGGGGAUUCCUCGCUCCAAUGGCGAGAAGAGGAAACGUGAUGAAGAUGUGUCUGAGGGCUCCGUCCCGAAUGGAGACUCCCAGAGUGGUGUGGACAGUUUGCGGAAGCACUUGAGAGCGGACACCUUCACUCAACAACAGCUGGAAGCUUUAGAUCGGGUCUUUGAGCGUCCUUCCUAUCCAGAUGUUUUCCAGACGUCAGAGCACAUCAAAUCGGAGCAGGGGAAUGAGUACUCCCUCCCAGCUCUGACCCCUGGGCUUGAUGAAGUCAAAUCCAGUCUAUCUGCCUCUGCAAACCCCGACCUGGGGAGCAACGUGUCGGGAACCCAGACGUACCCAGUGGUCACCGGUCGUGACAUGGCGAGUACCACCCUGCCCGGUUAUCCCCCCCAUGUUCCCCCCACUGGCCAGGGAAGCUACCCCACCUCUACCCUGGCAGGAAUGGUGCCUGGAAGUGAGUUUUCAGGCAAUCCCUACAGCCACCCUCAGUACACAACCUACAAUGAGGCCUGGAGAUUCAGCAACCCGGCCUUACUAAGUUCCCCUUAUUAUUAUAGUGCCACCCCCCGGGGCUCCGCCCCUGCCGCUGCUGCCGCUGCCUAUGACCGCCACUAGUUACCGCGGAGACCACAUCAAGCUUCAGGCCGACAGCUUUGGCCUGCAUAUUGUCCCCGUCUGAAGCCACCCGUCUGCCCGCCCGCUUGCUCGCCACUGGCCUCUCCCCCGCCGCUGGCCUCUCUCCCGCCGCCACGCACGGAGGGAGGGAGGAUCCACGCCAUGCCACGUCACGCGACGGGACGGGAUGCUACACCUCCCAGUUGGCCCCUGUCCUCACCGUUCCCCUCUUCCCAAGCCCCGCAGUCUUUCUCUAAAUCCGGGACCCGUGGAAACGGGACGGGCUGAGUCUUUGGAGGAGCCCGCAGACCCUGCCCUUUGCCCCUCUCCGACCUCUGCCUCCUCCGCAGUCUCCUCCAGGUCCGCCGGGAGGGAGGCGCGGGGAUGGGCCCUAGCCUGGUCUGGCGUCCUCCCCUUUCCUCCCGGGGCGCCUCCUCGGGCUGGGAUAGGGUCUUUUGGCCUCGAACGGCUCUGCUUGCCUGGGCCCGAGCCAAGUCGGGCAGGCUGGACACGAUAAGCGCGGGGGCAGCACUCACGGCCCCCAUCAACCCGACCUGGGCAAGCCUGCCCUGGUCCUCCCCUCCCCGGCCCGCAGCCUGAAACCAGAAGGAGAAAGAGUGACACGAUGUUAAACCGCUUUGCGGGGAAGGCUCGGGGAAGAAAAUCCUGAACAAAAAAAGUUAUAAACUAAAGGAAAGAACACGCCACCCGACCCCCGACCCCCUAGUGCACUGGGCUCUCUCCCUCAGCCCAGAACAUAGGGAGAGUGCGGUGCACUCUGUGGGGCCUGAGUCCUGCGAGACAGCAUCUCUGCUGAUGGGCCCUUCCAGCUGGCCGGACUCGGUCUAGUUCUUUCCUCUUCCCACCGAAACCGCCACACCCUACACACCAUCACUACUGCCCCUGUGGCUGUUUGGAGCUAUCUCCCGCCCCGCCCCCACGGGCUUCCCGGGACCCUAUGACACACCUAACCCUGCAUCUGAGACGCCUCCCCAAUCCAUCUCAGCCUUUACAGCCGUGUUUGAUCUCAGUUGGGCUGGGUCACCCUAGAGCAGUGGGUCCCGGCCCUCCCGUCCCAGAGCUGGUCCCAGCCCUCAUUCUGGACAUAGCCCCUCAGACUGGGGCUGGUCAGGUGAAACAGCCCCGGACCAGCACGGUCCGCUUCUCCUCCCCCCAGGGAGCCAAACCAAGGGGUUUGGGGUCCAAGUUGAGUCAGCAUAGGACAGUGUCUUGAGCUCUCGCUGCCUGAGACAGGUCAGCAGGACCGCCACUAGUCUUAUCAGCGAGGACUGGGCUCAAAUUCCACAAUUAUUUAAUAUUAUGAUAUUUGCAAAAAGGAAAAAAAGCCUAUGGCUGCUGCUUUAUAGAAAGACGGUGUGUGUUGUGUGAAGGCGAAUCCUCGUGUAUAUAAACCCUUCUAAUGCCCCUCUCGGCCUGGGCCAUCCUGUAUCGUAGUGACUAAAGCCACCCGCUGCCCGCCUGUAGAUAAGCCCUGCUGUCUGUGCUGUGAGAGUCGCCGCUCACUUUGGGGGGGAGGGGGGAGGAGGGAGGAGAAGGGGGGAGGGGUACACAAGAUACAUACCCAAUAAAGCACAGCACGUGGGGGAGGGGCGCGGGGCAGGGGGGAUUUUUUUUUAUGUUGCAAAAAAAAAAGGUUUGAAAGAAAAGAAAUCACUAUGCAAAAUGACUCCUGUGGACUCCUCUCCUGUGGUUGUUCCCUUCUAUGCCAUCUCUCUCUGUCCAGUCCUUCUGCCCUGUUUCUCUCUGUGUCUCUUUCCUCUAAUACUGGCUUCCCCCUCACCAUCUCCUCCUACCAGGCCUGAUUUAUCAUCCUUGAGCUCUCAGUCCUGCCUGGCCCCCAGAUCUGCGCCCCCAGAUCUGCACCCUCCUGUCCUGGGAAACCGAUGGUUUGAGCAGCCCCUCCUGCCAGUAAUUGUCUCCUGGUCUCUUUUCUCCCUCUCUAUUCUUUCCCUUUUUUCCUCCCUGCUCUUCUCUCCAUCCCCCUUUCCACUUCUCCCCUCUCCUCUCCUCUGGUCCCUUCCCAAGAGCGGCUGUGCCUGCAUGUUUCCUCACCUGUGGAUAGUGACGACUCCAAAUAACAGAAACAAAGUCAAUAAAAAGUGAAAAAAAGUUUUUUUUAAACUGGAAGAGUCUGGAACCCGAGCCCCAGGGAGGCUUCCUCCUGCCUAACUCACCAGGCCGGUCUCAGAACUUCCUCCCAGAAAUUUGCUGAGAAAAGUGAGAAAACACAAUGGUUUUACUGAACUGUGGGCGCCCCGGGGCGACCCCUGCCCUGACCCAUGCGGGAACAACUGACUGACAGGGCAGGGACCUGAGCCUGGGAGACUCUGAAAGUCACCCUCAGCCUAGGACUGACCCUUAGCCUCCCACAAAUCUUCCCCACCUUCCUUCAGCCUCCCUCAGCGCCGGUUCUGUUUGAUUCCUUUUGUGCACAUGAGAAAUAAAUAAAUAAUAAAUAAAUAAAUAAAUAAUAAUAAUAAUAAAUAAAAUUUUGUAUGUCA